GUGGACUACGAGGACGAGUGGCCAGUCUACACACGAGCUCACCCUCGCUACUACGAGUGGAACCCGACGAGCCGCAGCGUGGGUAAGGGUCCGAGAGCCACCGCCUGCGCCUUCUGGAACGAACUCAUGCCGAUGCUGAGGGAGAAGCAGACUGGCGGCAUCUGCGAGAGCGAGAUGCAGAAAGCCCUGAAUUCGGCGCCUGCGUUCGAAUCCUUUCUUCUGGCUUGGAUCGCCUGCUUUUUUACUCUUUCUCUCUUUUAGAUAUUUUGUAUGAUUUAUGAAGAGCAUAUAUAUUAAGUAUGUAUGUAUAUGUAUAUGUAUAUACGGUAUAUGUAUGUGUUUAUAUGUGAAUCUAUAGG